UACAAAGCUCCCUAAGGAUACGAGAGAGAUGGAAUCAGAGCGUCAGGGUAGUAAGAGACUGGGAGUAGGUUGGCCGGUUGUGCGCGUGCAAGCAGUGCUAGUGAGGACCACACUGAUGAGGAGGGCAAAAUCGAUUGGAAGGCUGGCGAACAACCAAGUCUGUGCGUCUUCGCGUCUUCCCGAUCAAGCGAACCUGCCCUGCACCUCCACAUGUCGCCUCUCCACCAUUACCAUCAUCUUGCUCUCAGACGCCUAGACAAUUCUUGGAUCAAGUCAACUCUUGCAAACGGUUGCUUUGGUAGCUUUCUUCGUGCUUCCGCCUAUCAAACAGCAACUGCAGCCACUAGUAGACUAUGCACGACCCGUGUCAGUACCAAUUUUGCCCAGGUAGAAUAUGGCCGUCUCCCUGUUACACGUGCUGAACCGAACGCAGAGAUAUGCUUUGUAGUCGAACCCAGUAGAAAGCUGCUUCACAUCGCUGCUUACAUAUAUGCGUUGCAUGUUCAGUACAACGGCACCAGUACCCUGUCGGACGCCAUCUCGGACAUGUCACCAUCUCCGACAUCUCCUUAUUCAUGUCCGCUAGGCACGUUAGUCCUCAAACCUUGCAGAUUUAUCACCGAGCUCACCAGCAAGACGUUUCAAAAAUCCGAGCUGGUCUCUUUGGAAUAUGAGUCACUAAGUCCGUACUUGUUGCCCUUUUUCUUGUUGUGGAAGGGGCGCACGUUGUAGGUGUACCACGUUACUGGCUCGGUGUGUCGGCCUCAUACCAAGGCGAGGCCGAGACCGAGCAGCCCUACGUGCAAGCUUACCCAGAUUGGGACCAUCUCUGCGUUCCACGGAGUCCAAAGUAAGUAGCAAG